AUGCUAUCAGAAGAAGUCUUACAUAAAGUUCAACAUGCUAAUUACUGGAAAAGAUCAUAUAUUCAGUGGGGGAUAGAAUCAUGGGAUCAAUUUUACUUUAAAGAAUUUCCAAAUUCAACAAAGCAAAUAUCACAUACUAUGUUAGGAACUGAAUUAGAAAUUUUAAUUAGAAACUUGGAACCAAAAUCAAGAAAAAUCCGAAGAUUAUUAGAUCUGAAAUGUCAAUUAAAGGGAAGAAGAGCGUCUAGCCAGUAUGAGUACCUAGUGUCUCAUCCGCUGAGGCGUGCACAAAACUUACUAUGGGUUCUUUUGAUUAAGAAAUUUGGAAAAGAAAAUGGCGAAGAAAAAGAAAAUCAACUUAACAGUUAUUCUAUAAAAAAAAAAAUUAUUGGAAAAAACAAAUCAAAAAUAAAAUCUAAAAAAAUUAUUAAUAAGAGUGAAAAAGAAAGAAUGAAUGAAAAAGAAAAAGAAGGUUCCAUAAUUUCUGAUCACACUGGUUCUAUUUCAGCUGAGGCAUUUAAAGAUUCAAUUAAGAUUUCUUUACCAGAAAUUGUUUUAAAUACCGUACCAAAUCUGGUCUAUUUAGAUUCAUACAAUAAAUCAAAUUCAACUACUAUAUCAAUAGAACAGCGCUUUCCUGAUGAAAUUAUAAAUUGGAUGGAUUUUAAGCAAAAAGUUCAAAUAUGGCAACCAGAGUCAGAUAAAAAAUAUCAAAACCCCAUAUUUAGAUCACGUAAUAUCACUUGUGAAAAAGAUAUAUGGUCGGCAACAGAUGCAAAUAUUUUUGAUAUAUUAACACCACUAGAACAACAUAUUUAUUUUUUGGAUGGCCGUGCCAUAAAGAAUAUUGUUGGAGAACCAGAUUUUGUCAUAGUUGAUAAUAAUAAAAAAUUACUUAUACCCUGGGAAUCCAAAACUAAAUGGGUUUUAAAUGUACUUUCAGAUCAAAAUAUUGUUACACUCUAUAAUGAGGAAAAGAAAAUUCGAGAAGGGCCAUAUGCUUAUUCUAGUAAUGUUUCAGUAUAUCAUCCUAUAAACCAAAUAUAUGGCUACAUGUGUGCUAACAAGCUAAGGUAUGGAAUCUUAUCAACAUAUGACCAGACUUGGUUUUUUGAAAGAGGAGUAGUGGGAGAAGAUCACGGCUGGUUGCAUGUAUCAGAUGCCAUUACAAACUUAUCAACAGAUCCUACACUUCUUAAAUCUGUUGCUUACGUAAUUGAUCUUGCUUCUAAAAGUAGGUAUACACCCUUCCUUGAAAGACCUAUAAUGGUUUCUGAUAAUGUUGAUGAAGAACCUGAUUCUCCUGAUAGAGAACAAAAGGAUGACAGUGAAUUUAAAUAUAAAGGAAAUUUACUACCAAAAAGUCUCAAUGUUGCAACUCGAAGCCAGGAUCACUAG